GGAAAAACAAUCGAGCAGGAAGCGAUGAUCGAUCAGCAGCAUGGAAACCUUGAAACGUGUGAGGCGAAGCAGGAGAACUUCACAAAACAGAUUGACCCACUACGAGUUUGAGUCACAACAACUAGCCAACCAAAACAGCUGCUGACGUUCAUGAGUACUUGUUCUCGGAGCUACAACCUCCCUUCAUCCAACCUGGGACUCUCCCCGUAAGCAUGGAACCACAAGUCUGUCUCAAGAGAAAGAGGGAACCUUAUCCAACACCAGAGAGCAGUAAACGAGUGAAAGAGACAGAACUUAACGGAGUUCCAGAGUCUGAGCACCGGUCCGGUUCCCGACCCCCACUGCUCUCUCUGCCGUUUGACAGUCUCCAGGAACCGGUCACGUUGAAAGAUCUGACGGAACUGCUUCAGUUUGCUGCUCUGGGGAACACGGGUGGGCUGAAACAACCCAGUUGGUGUCGCCUUCACCACCAGAAGAAGGUGUCAGGGGUGAGCGUGAUCCUUCUAGAAGGACUGAGCCAGGCUCACUUCUACAGACACUACCUGCACUUCAAACACCUCCGCACCAAGUACACCUCUAGACACAGUUAUACUCCAUCGCCUGGCAACGUGAUUUCUGGAAUAUUCAGCAGUGAAGUUGUCAACAAUAGUCCUGCUGAUGCGCUAGGAGACCAGGAGAGCGCUCAGCCAGAGGGAGGUCUGCAGUGGCACCCAGUGAUCAGGAAGUUUGGUCUGGAGAUAAGAGGGCUGACUGGAUACCUCCUCACACAGGAGGAGAUGAUCAAGAAACACUUCCCUGUCCGCGGUAUGCCUGGCAGUGAAGGCUUUGUUUGUACAGACAGUGAUGACUGUGUGACUGACAGUAGUCCUCUCUAUGGGCUGGACUGUGAGAUGUGUCUGACAGAACGGGGCAGCGAGCUGACACGUAUCUCUCUAGUAGACAGCAGAGGGAGCUGUGUUCUGGAUGAGCUGGUCAAACCUCCCAACCGCAUCCUAAACUACCUUACACAGUUCUCUGGUAUCACCCGUGCAAUACUGCAGCCAAUCACCACCACCCUAAGAGAAGUCCAAUCAAAGCUCAAGAAAGUGUUGCCCCGGGACGCGGUCCUGGUUGGCCACUCCCUUGAGAACGACCUCAGUGCCCUGAACCUGAUCCACCCCCAUGUGAUUGACACCUCCCUGCUGUACAGGAGAGAGUUUGGACAGAAGUUUAAACUCAAGGUGCUGGCUGAGACCGUGCUCAAGAAGCAGAUCCAGACGGAGGAGAGGAAGGGUCAUGACCCCACAGAGGACGCCCAGGCUGCCUUGGAACUGGCCCAGUACUUCAUACACACUGGACCACGACAGGUAGUGGAGCUGUAUUGUGAAGAGCUGUGGGGUGGGAGUCCUACCAUGUACCAGCCUCCUGUCAACAGAGCAACAUCUACACACAAACACAACAACAACAGCUCUCUCAGGUUUGCCGAGGCCCUGAAGAGUUCUGGCCAAUCAGCCGUGUUUAUAGGGAAGCGUGCUGACAACGCCCUGGAUCUAUCCAAUCAGCAGUGGCACAGCUCAGACAGAGAGGUCCUGUCUUCCUUUAAAAGAGGACUAGAGUCUCACUCGUUCAGCGUUGUCCAGUUGUCUUCCUUCUCUGACCAUCUGAAGGCUAUGAUCUCUACUGACCAGCACUACCACACGAUGUCCCAGCGUCUGAGAGAGAUGUGUGUGGUGUUUGCAGGGCCGUUGCCUAGCGACUACACAGAGAGGGACGUGAGGAGGCUGUUCAGCAGCUGUGGAAACGUACGAGCCGUCAGGCUGUUGAACGCUACUCAGAGGGUGCAUGCAGAGGUAGAGUUUGAGCUGCUGGAGGGAGCUGUGCUGGCUGUAGAGAUGCUCAACGGAACACUGCUACACAGCGGACACAUCGUCAAGGUCCAGAGACCUGUAAAGGAGUCCACGCUGGAUCUGGACGUCUUUUUGAGUUCCCUGCAGGAUGACCCGCUAAAUGCUAACGUCAUCUACGCCGCAGGGCUAAAGGCUAAUGCUAAAACAGCACAGUUUGCAGCCAAAGUCAAUGGGACUGGGCUAAAUGCUAACGCAGCAGCUGAAGUCAAUGGCUCUAGGCUAAAUGGUAACAUAGCAGCACUCCCAGCUAAGGCGAACCAUUCAGGGCUCUUAGAGAAAGUCAAUGGAACUUUUCUAAAUGCUAAAGCUAAGCUAGCUGAAGCGAAUGAACCUGGGCUACAUGCUAAAGCAAAAUUUGCUAAGCUAGCAGAGCUCUCAGCUGAAGUCAAUGGAACCCUGCUCAAAGCGAAAACUAUGCUAGCCGAGAUAGCAGCCGAAGCCAAUGUUGUAGCGAGGCUACAUGCUAAGACUGCCGGACUCUGUGAAGAGGACCUCCGUGAGGCCUUCGGACAGUACGGAACGGUUCAGGGCGUAAUUCUACCUGCAAAGCACUCUGGAAAACAGAAACGUAGGAGACAUGCUUUCUUAAAGUUUGAUAGUCCUGACACUGUGGACGCGGUCCUCAGCUCACCUGUGGAACUCUGGGACAGGAAGGUGAGCACUUGCAGAGCCCUGACUCCGCCCCACCUGUGCUCCUGGGUUACUAUGAUGACGACUGGGUCCGACAGAGAGACACUGGACGAGUCGUCACAGGAAACUGGAAGAGAGGAACAGGAAGUGGCGUGUGUGAUGAGGAAGUUGGACCGGCGCGUGGGGAAGCUGUUCAGAUCUCUACCUGACAACACCCUCAGCAUCGUUCUGCUGCCUGGUCACAGUUCCCAUGGCGAUGGUCUGUGUUUCCUGGAGGUCAAACAGGGGUCAGCAGCACUCCGUGACCAUGCCCACAACCUGAUGCUACCUGCAUAGGGUUGCAAAAAUCCAGUACCUUCCCAAGAUUCCCAGAAAUCCUGGUUGGAGGAUUCUGGAUUCCCUCCUGAUUUUGUGAAUCUUCCAAACGGGACAUUUUGGGAAAGUUAACAGAUUUUGGCAACACUUGGCCUGCGAUACCAUGUUUUACCAUCUUUGUGUGCUGUAGCCCAGGACUGCUGCAACUUGACUAACAAAGACAGCUAUAGGCUACGAGAGUAUUACGUUAUUUUUAAAUAAAGAGAUGAGUCUACUUACGAGUGUUCGAUAUGUUUCAUUCAGUACAGGCUGGACAGGGUUUUGUACCCAGGCAACGAAUUGAAGGUAAAACACAGGAUGUGUCUGAAAUGACACCCUAUUCCCUAUGUAGUGUGCACUAUGGACACCCUAUUCCCUAUGUAGUGUGCACUAUGUGCACCCUAUUCCCUAUGUACAGUGGGGCAAAAAAGUAUUUAGUCAGCCACCAAUUGUGCAAGUUCUCCCACUUAAAAAGAUGAGAGAGGCCUGUAAUUUUCAUCAUAGGUACACUUCAACUAUGACAGACACAAUGAGAGAAAAAAAUCCAGAAAAUCACAUUGGAGGAUUUUUUAUGAAUUUAUUUGCAAAUUAUGGUGGAAAAUAAGUAUUUGGUCACCUACAAACAAGCAAGAUUUCUGGCUCUCACAGACCUGUAACUUCUUCUUUAAGAGGCUCCUCUGUUCUCCACUCGUUACCUGUAUUAAUGGCACCUGUUUAAACUUGUUAUCAGUAUAAAAGACACCUGUCCACAACCUCAAACAGUCACACUCCAAACUCCACUAUGGCCAAGACCAAAGAGCUGUCAAAGGACACCAGAAACAAAAUUGUAGACCUGCACCAGGCUGGGAAGACUGAAUCUGCAAUAGGUAAGCAGCUUGGUUUGAAGAAAUCAACUGUGGGAGCAAUUAUUAGGAAAUGGAAGACAUAUAAGACCACUGAUAAUCUCCCUCGAUCUGGGGCUCCACGCAAGAUCUCACCCCGUGGGGUCAAAAUUAUCACAAGAACGGUGAGCAAAAAUCCCAGAACCACACGGGGGGACCUAGUGAAUGACCUGCAGAGAGCUGGGACCAAAGUAACAAAGCCUACCAUCAGUAACACACUACGCCACCAGGGACUCAAAUUCUGCAGUGCCAGACGUGUCCAGGCCCGUCUGAAGUUUGCUAUAGAGCAUUUGGAUGAUCCAGAAGAAGAUUGGGAGAAUGUCAUAUGGUCAGAUGAAACCAAAAUAUAACUUUUCGGUAAAAACUCAACUCGUCAUGUUUGGAGGACAAAGAAUGCUGAGUUGCAUCCAAAGAACACCAUACCUACUGUGAAGCAUGGGGGUGGAAACAUCAUGCUUUGGGGCUGUUUUUCUGCAAAGGGACCAGGACGACUGAUCCGUGUAAAGGAAAGAAUGAAUGGGGCCAUGUAUCGUAAGAUUUUGAGUGAAAACCUCCUUCCGUCAGCAAGGGCAUUGAAGAUGAAACGUGGCUGGGUCUUUCAGCAUGACAAUGAUCCCAAACACACCGCCCGGGUAACGAAGGAGUGGCUUCGUAAGAAGCAUUUCAAGGUCCUGGAGUGGCCUAGCCAGUCUCCAGAUCUCAACCCCAUAGAAAAUCUUUGGAGGGAGUUGAAAGUCCGUGUUGCCCAGCAACAGCCCCAAAACAUGACUGCUCUAGAGGAUAUCUGCAUGGAGGAAUGGGCCAAAAUACCAGCAACAGUGUGUGAAAACCUUGUGAAGACUUACAGAAAACGUUUGACCUCUGUCAUUGCCAACAAAGGGUAUAUAACAAAGUAUUGAGAUAAACUUUUGUUAUUGACCAAAUACUUAUUUUCCACCAUAAUUUGCAAAUAAAUUCAUUAAAAAUCCUACAAUGUGAUUUUCUGGAUUUUUUUUUCUCAUUGUGUCUGUCAUAGUUGAAGUGUACCUAUGACGAAAAUUACAGGCCUCUCUCAUCUUUUUAAGUGGGAGAACUUGCACAAUUGGUGGCUGACUAAAUACUUUUUUGCCCCACUGUAGUGUGCACUAUGGGCACCCUGUGCAAUAUGGGCACCCUAUUCCCUAUGUAGUGUGCACUAUGGGCACCCUAUUCCCUAUGUAGUGUGCAGCCUAUUCCCUAUGUAGUGUGCACCCUAUUCCCUAUGUAGUGUCCACUAUGGGCACCCUAUUCCUUAUGUAGUGUGCACUAUGGGCACGCCAUGGGUCCUGGCAAAACCCUCUACAGGGAUUGUUAGUUUGUCAUUUUGGACGUAAACUCACUGUGUUUGACCUGUAUUGCUGCUUCUGAUCUGAAUCACAUGAUGCCUUGUGUUGUCUUUAUCAUGUCCACCUAAUAAACCGGUGAUUGUUGUUAA